AUGGGAGUCCAAGGGCUCUGGAAGCUGCUGGAGGGCUCCGGGAGGCAGAUCAGCCCGGAAACGCUGGAAGGGAAGAUUCUUGCUGUUGAUAUUAGCAUUUGGUUAAACCAAGCACUUAAAGGAGUCCGAGAUCGCCAUGGGAAUUCCAUAGAAAAUGCUCAUCUUCUCACUUUGUUUCAUCGGCUUUGCAAACUCUUAUUUUUUCGGAUUCGUCCUAUUUUUGUUUUUGAUGGAGAUGCUCCACUACUGAAGAAACAGACUUUGGCUAAGAGAAGACAGAGAAAGGAUUUGGCUAACAGUGACUCAAAAAAAACUACAGAGAAGCUCUUGAAAACAUUUUUGAAAAGACAAGCUAUUAAAACUGCCUUAAAAAGCAAAAGAGAUGAAGCACUACCCAGCCUUACUCAAGUGCAAAGAGAAGAUGACAUCUAUGUUUUGCCACCUUUACAAGAAGAAGAAAAAAAUAGUUCCGAAGAGGAGGAUGAAAAAGAAUGGCAAGAAAGAAUGAGUCAAAAACAAGCAUUACAGGAAGAGUUCUUUCGUAAUCCUCAUGCAAUAGAUAUUGAAUCUGAAGACUUCAUCAGCCUACCCCCUGAAAUAAAGCAUGAAAUCUUGACUGAUAUGAAAGAAUUUACUAAGCGAAGAAGAACAUUAGUUGAAGCAAUGCCAGAGGAGUCCAAUGACUUUUCACAGUAUCAGCUUAAAGGUUUGCUUAAGAAAAAUUACUUAAACCAGCACAUAGAAAAUGUUCAAAAGGAAAUGAAUCGGCAGCACUCAGGGCAAAUCCAAAGGCAAUAUGAAGAUGAAGGUGGAUUUUUGAAGGAAGUAGAGUCAAGGAGAGUGGUCUCUGAAGACACAUCACAUUACAUCUUGAUAAAAGGUCUUCAAUCUAAAAAAAUGACAGAAGUAGAUUCGGAGUCUCUUCCUUCUUCCAGCAAAAUGCAUAACAUGUCUUUUGAUAUGAAGUCAUCUCCAUGUGAAAAAGUGAAGCCAGAGAAAGAGACUGAUGCUGCCCCUCCUUCUCCAAGAACGUUAUUGGCUAUGCAGGCAGCCAUGCUGGGAAAUAGCUCAGAAGAGGAACCAGACAGUGAAAAUAAAAGGCAACACAACAAGAAGAAUGCAUCUGUUCCUGUAGAUGAGGGCUCAGUAUCGCCGAGGACUCUCUUAGCUAUCCAGAAAGCUCUUGAUGAUGAUGACGAAGUGAAAGUGCAUGGUGGGAACAAUGUGCAGAUGAGAGACUUAGGAGAGAAAAAACUACUUGUUAAAAAUUCUGAUGAGGAACAUGAUGAAAGACUCAAAGUUCAAGAUGAUGGAAAAGGAAUGCAGUUUCCAACCACACCUCAUUCAGUAGGCAUGAACCUUGUGGAGGAGAGUGUAACUAACACAAAUAACAGAAAAGAGCUGACCAACCCUGCUCAUUUAUUAGCAAGCACUGUCUUUUGUCAGGGUGGUGAAUCUAGUGUUCAAGAAGAACAAGCAUCAUUUAUUCACACAGUGAAAACAAAGGUUGAUGAAUCUAUGCUAAAGGAUAGACAAGUUCCCAUUCCUUUGGAAAGUGAAGUUGUUCUGCAGAGUGCUGCAGCUGGGCUCCAGAACAAUAAAGAAUUGAUACCAACAUCCUCCCCAAGUACAAUUUUUGUAUCACAGAAUGAGCCAAACCCAAAAGAUCUUGAGCCACAAAAUUAUCCUGGCACAUCUGAGAGCAAGUAUGAUUCCUCUGUUCUAUCAAGUGAUGAUGAAACAGAAGGUGAAAAAAAUACUUCUGAAGUCAGUGGCACUGUCCCAUUGCAAAAAAUGAGCAACACAGUCAGCGUCCCUUCAGAGACAUUAAGUAACUUGGAAAAUGUGGUAUCGCUUAAUAGUAAACAGCAUGAGAACUUACUGAAAACUAUUCAAGAAAGUGCAAGAAAUGAAUCUGCAGAUCAGGAUUUAAUUUCCAUUUCAAAGUCCAUGGAACCAAUGGAAAUGGAGUCUGAAGACAGUGAAUCUGAUGGAAGUUUCAUUGACGUGGACAGUGUAAUUAGUAAUGAUGAAAGUCAAGUUGAAUUACUGGAAGAGUCUAAACCUCCUUCUGAACAAGGUGAAAAGUCGACUAUUGAAGAGAGACUGAAUGAAACUAGCAUGGAAGAAAUCCCAGGUGAUACUGAGAGCCACCUAAGAGACACCUCUGGAAGCGAGAGCUUGGAUAUUGAGCCACAUGAAGAAGCUGAAAAGGAUGCAGAUGGUUCAGUCAAUGAAUGGCAAGAUAUUGAUCUGGAGGAACUGGAGUCUCUGGAGAGCAGCCUGUUAGAACAACAGAAUUCAUUGAAAGUUCAAAAACAGCAGCAAGAACGGAUUGCUGCUACUGUGACAGGACAGAUGUUCCUGGAAAGUCAGGAACUUCUCCGCCUGUUUGGCAUUCCCUACAUCGAGGCUCCAAUGGAAGCAGAAGCGCAGUGUGCCAUCUUGGACUUGACAGAUCAAACUUCUGGAACAAUCACUGAUGAUAGUGAUAUUUGGCUGUUUGGAGCACGGCAUGUCUAUAAAAAUUUUUUUAAUAAAAAUAAGUUUGUAGAAUAUUACCAAUAUGUGGACUUCCACAACCAAUUAGGAUUGGACCGGAACAAAUUAAUAAAUUUGGCCUAUUUGCUUGGAAGUGACUAUACAGAAGGAAUACCCACUGUAGGUUGUGUAACAGCCAUGGAAAUUCUCAAUGAAUUCCCUGGACAUGGCCUGGAACCUCUCCUGAAAUUCUCAGAGUGGUGGCAUGAAGCUCAACAGAAUAAGAAGAUAAGACCUAAUCCUCAUGACACCAAAGUGAAAAAAAAAUUACGGAAACUGCAACUCACUCCAGGUUUUCCUAAUCCAGCUGUCGCAGAAGCUUACCUGAAGCCCACGGUGGAUGACUCAAAGGGAUCAUUUCUGUGGGGGAAACCUGAUCUUGAAAAAAUUAGAGAAUUUUGUCAGCGGUAUUUUGGCUGGAACAGGACUAAGACAGAUGAAUCUCUGUUUCCAGUAUUAAAGCAACUGAAUGCCCAGCAGACACAGCUUCGAAUUGAUUCCUUCUUUAGAUUAGCUCAACAAGAGAAACAAGAUGCUAAGGGCAUUAAGAGCCGGAGACUCAACAGAGCUGUGACAUGUAUGCUGAGGAAGGAACGGGAAGAAACAGCCAGUGAAAUAGAAUCAGUUUCUGUUGCUAUGGAGAAAGAAUUUGAGUUUCUUGAUAAGGCAAAAGGAAAAGGCCAGAAGAGAAAUGUAGCAGGUCAAUUGAAAGAUUCAUCAUGCCUGAAAAGGGAGAAGCUUCCUGAUUCCAAACAAGUGACUAAAAGUGGUGGAUUUUUGGGGGAGGCCUACCUCUCAGAAUCAUCUGAUACAUCUGUAAGUGAGGAGAGUACAGAAAGUUCACCUUUAAUUAACAUCCAAGCAAGGAAAGCAGCCAAGGAGUCCAAACUCAGCUCUUCAGAUUUGCAGCACUCUGUAAAGCCUGACAGUGUAAAGGAUGAGGGGGUGACUACCAGCAGCUCUAGUGAUGAUGAAAAGAUGACAAAAACAGUCAUGGUGACUGCCAGAUCUGUGUUCAGGAAGAAAAAGGGGAAACGCAGGAAUACAAGAGGAAGAAAAAAGAGAAUGUAUUAUUUGUCUAGUCUUGAAGAAAUGUUAAAGAAAGCAUCAAAAUAUAGACAUCCUUUAAUUCAUCACUCAGUGGAUCCAGCUGCUUUAAAAGGUGGCUUCUGCAUAGGUGAGCAUAUCCGAGGCCAAGGUAGCUGGGUGCAUGCCCAGUGUUGGCAGCUUAUGUGGCUUAAACAUGAGCGGCUUUACUGUAGUGAUUUUUGCAGACCUAAACAUUUUAAGUGUAAUCCCUUUGAGAAUUCUACCAUUUAG